AUGUAUCGCUCACUUUUUUCUAUUCUUAUUGCUCUCUGCUUCUAUGGCCAUUGCGCCUUUGCCUCCUUAACUUCAAGCGAGAUCGCCAACUCUUUGAAUGAAUUGGCGCAACAAGGUUUCGCUGCCAAGGAUCUCGUAUUGGAGAUUAACUCCACCGCCGAUGCCGGUCCGAUGCGUGAUGUCUAUACGGAAAUGGAUACGAUGGUGACCGUGGUCCUCACGGACGUCGAGUUCAUGACCAAUACCCCUAUCAUCACUGAUCAAUCCGAAGAGCAGACAGUAUAUGAAGGGUACUCAAAUUUCGUACAGUCGCUCCUUGAGCUCAUGGACGCCUUCUCCGACAGCGCAACUGAGUUGAAGUCGAUUGACUCAACCACCAAGGAGAAAGUGCCCUCGGAAGUUCGCAUCCUGGAAAGUGCCGUGGACGCCUACUUCUAUAAUAUUAUCGGCCUCUUCCCAGCCAACAGCUCGUACAAUGCCCAAGCCAGCAACCAGAAAGCCCAGGUUGACACUCAUUGCUUCCAGGCUAUCUGGGCGUUUGAUCUCAGCGAUGGCAGUCAGUUUAGCUCUCAAUCGCGCAGGACUAACUCUCUUCACGCUCGAAGAAUGAUGCGAAACUCUGCGUAA